AUGUCUCUUUGGAAUUGUUUCAAUGAUAUUUGGACUCCAAGUGGAAGACAAUUUAAUUUUUAACCAUUUGAAUAAUAAACACUAUAAUAAGAAGAAACCUCUCAAAAAUCUUAAUAACUCUCAAAUUAAAUAUCUCAAAUCAAACAGAGCAUUGAGAAUAAAUAAAAAAUUUUAGAAGAAACUUAUCUACCAAAGAAAAUUAGAUCUAUUACUACUCAUGUAUAAAUUAAGGAAGCACCUCAAAUUAAGAGUUUAUCAGUUCUAAAAUAUAAAUAAACUGAAACUCGUAGUCAAACAUCAAGAACUCAAUCAGCAACACCCAUUAUGAGAAGGUCUAAAAAACACCAAAAACCUAUUGAAAUUAAAGAUACGAUAGGUUUAUAAAUCGAGAAAUGUCUCUUGAGUAUUCGUUAUCCAUAAGUUAAAACUAAACUUGAUUAUACUUUUGUACCUCGCCGAAGACAAAAAUCAAAUAUUGAAUCAUCAAGUUACAAUUAUAAUAAAGUUGAGUAUAAACAUUCUAUCACUCUAGCUAAAUGGGAUUAAAGUGAAAGAUCAGUAGAAAUAUUUUGA